GAGCCAUGGUGCGCGCGCUCGCUUUUGUGCCGCUCCUCGCGCUCGCCGGGGCCGUGACGCCAGAUGAGCUGGAGUCCUACCUCUACUCGCCCUCGGGUCUGGACAUGAGCCGGACUGAUGCCCACAACUUAGCGUGGAAGGAGGCGAGCAUCCUGACCCAGUGCGACGUCACGAUCUCCGACCUUAAAGCGCUCCGGACGGUCCUAUACAGCCCCUCGACACUGGAUUUCAGCAAGCCGGAGCUUCAGAACAAGUUGCUGCUGUUGGCCGAGCAGCAUGUAAGCCCAGAUGAGUUGAAGUCGAUGUACCAACUCCUCUACAGCACAAGCUCACUGGAUGUAUCUCGGUCCGUUGCCAAGGAGAACACCCUUGCUCUGGUGAAGCAGUUUGCUGAGGAAUCACAGAUCAAGGACCUCUACACCGUCCUGAAACAACUCGUCUCCAAGGCAGAUGCUCAAAAGUGGACCUUGAUCCUGGCACAGGAUGGAUGCGACGCAACUGCCCUCAAGAACUCGUAUGCCGCCUCGAAGGACUGGACGUCGGCGUCGAAGUCCUGCGUGCGUGCAAACCUCAACGGGGAGGCUAAGCGAUACGCCAAGAACGGUGUGGCAUACAGCGCUGUCGACUUCGAGAAGUAUUAUGGGGCAACGUACCUCGAUGAGUGGCGCACAGCGCCCGUGGAGAAGCGCGUGGCCAACGACGGCAAGGCCUACACCGCCAGCCAGUUCCGCACGUUCUACAGCUCCAGCUGGGAGCAGAAGUGGGAUGCGGCAGCCUCGGCCACGCAGCAGCGCAUCGCAGCGGACGGGAAGACAUACAGCAUCGCAGAGUUUGUGGCGUACUACAAGGACGACUGGCAGGCUCGCUGGGCGGAGGCGCCGGAGGUCCGCUGCAAGGAGUGCAACUCGCAGCAGAUCGUCGUUUGA